AUGGAGGGUGAAAGAGUUCAGACCGAUUUGAGGAAGGACGGUGGUGAGUCCGAUGGAAACAAAGCUGAUGAUGAAAUCUUGGCACGUUUAGGCUAUAAGCCAGUGCUGAAGAGAAGUUACAACUAUUUCCACAAUUUCGCGACCAACUUUGCUGCCCUUUACUUUAUUGGUGGUGUAAGAGUGACAUUCUCGACCGGUAUAGCUGCAGGUGGUAAUUUGGCUUACUGGACAAGCUUCUUGGUAACCUGCUUUUUUACGUUCAUUACGGCUGCUGUGAUAGCUGAGAUAUGCUCGUCUUUGCCUCUUGCCGGAUCCAUAUAUCUAUGGGCGGCAGAAGCAGGUGGCCCUCGUUUUGGACGGUUGCUCGGCUUCAUUGUCGCAUGGUGGAGCACGACGGCAUGGACGACUUUUUGCGCAAGCAAUACCCAGGGGGCCGUCAAUUACAUGCUUUCAGAAAUCGUGGUGUUCAAUCUAGACUUUCCGUCCGAUACUGACGAUGUCAAAUUUCGAGCUGUGCAAUGGAUUUGUACUGAGGUGAUGUUGGCGACCGCCGCAAUUUGGAACUUGCUUCCCCCUCGCUACUUCAAGUGGAUAUUCGCCGUGUCUACCGCAUUUGUCCUUCUGGAUUUUGCUCUCAAUAUGAUAUGGUUACCCGUUGCGACGAGUCGUACAAUUGGUUUUCGAACAGCAAGUGACGCAUUUCUGACCACCUACAACGGAACCGGAGCUCCUGAAGGGUGGAAUUGGUGUCUUUCGUAUCUAGCGACCGCCGGAGUGUUGAUCGGGUUUGAUGCAUCUGGUCACGUUGCGGAAGAAACCAAAAACGCAGCAGAAUCCGCGGCUAGAAGCAUCUUUUGGGGCACGGUAGUGAGUGGAAUUGGAGGAUUCAUUGUCGUUAUCCUAUUUCUUUUCUGCGCGCCUGAUGCCGACACCUUGUUCUCAUUUGGAGGGACCCAACCAUUCGUUCCAUUAUAUGCCGUUAUUCUUGGUGACGGAGGACACAUCGUCAUGAACUUGGUCUGCAUUCUUGCUCUUUGGUUUAAUACUGCUAUUGCAAUCCUAGCUGCAUCUCGUCUGGUCUUUGCCGUAGCUCGAGAUGGUGUGCUACCAUUUUCAAGUUGGACAUCACGAGUUGUAGAUGGACAACCGCGCAAUGCUGUCAUUGUGGUUUGGGUUGUUUCUUCAAUAAUUACGUGCACCAUCCUACCCUCUUCAGUUGCUUUCACAUCCCUCGUCUCAGCAGCCGGUGUACCAUCAGCAGCUGCGUAUGGAUUGAUCUCCUUUGGCCGUUUGUUCUUCACGCCCAAGAACUUUCCCAAGCCUGCUUGGAGCCUGGGGCGUCUCAGCAAACCGUUCCAGGCUAUUUCGGUGGUCUGGAAUGCCUGGGUGGUUGCGGUUUUGUACUCACCUUACAUCUUCCCCGUGGAAGCCAGUACGCUGAAUUACGCCCCUGUGAUUAUGGCGAUCGUAACGAUCUUUGCGCUAAUAUCAUGGUGGAUCCUCCCCGCUGAAAGUUGGCUUCCGAACAAGAGCAUCCAGCAUAUGUUGGACGCAGAUGAGACGCAGCCGACCUCUGACUCGGUCUAG